AUGGAAACCAUAAUCUGGACACCAGCCUAUCUUCGCCACCUCGACGGACUUGCUCCGGCAGCAAUUCACGCGGAGCUGGAGAACACUCUCUUCUGGGCCCAAGGGCCUGCUGUCGUUGAUCCUUCACAUGAGGAUUUCUGUGAUUUUCGGGCGCACCUCCUUGCCAACCCACGACGGAUUCGCGCGAUGUAUCCAAAUCUCGCUGCAGAACUCCGGGUAUGGCUGGGACUGGCAUACACCAAGGGGUUGUUCUUGAUGUCUCUUCGCAUGCAUGGAUGUGAAGCCACACUUCGCAACUUGACAGUUCCUGCAGUUCCUGGAGUUCCAGUGCCCGCGCAACCAGCAUUCGCCAUAGCAUGGGCACCAAACGCCGUUGUCCCGGCCGACCCUGUUGGAAAAUCGGCUCCCCCUCACUCUAUAGACAUGGUUUCGGGUGCAAUUGCUGCCGGGUGUCAUGAUUGUCUUUCUGCAUUGGUCGACAUAGGCAUUCUGCCACUGGACCCUGCGAACGGACAUGCGGCUUUCAAUGAAUGUGGAUGUAGUCUAAUCCUGAUUGCAAUGUUACACUAUGUGUGGGGUCACAUCUCUGAAGAUGAAUGCAAUAAGGUGAUUGAUGUUCUUACGUGGACGAAUGGGCCGGGAUCGCAACUGUGGCUCCGUAGCUACCGCACGCUUGCUGGUAUACCCGCUGCUGCCCCGAUAAUGACGCCCUUGAGUGCGUGGUACCUUCUCCAACACACUGUCCUCCUUCCAACAAAAUCAGUGGAAAGGAUAUCGGAAUGGCAUGAAGACGGCUCCUUGGCUAUUCCUGACCCUAAUAUGAUCCCAGCAAUGGCCCCUAGCCUACUUUUUUCUCUUGCUGAUCAUGCCUCAAUCCAUAUUGCGCACUGGUUAAGGCGCCAUGGUGUUGGUCUUGCCGGCGGAUAUUCCAUCGCGCCAGGUCCUUGGCCGGGUAGACUCGCCAAAAAUAGCUGGCAUGCACUCGCGAGGAAUCCAGCAGGAAUACAGUUGUUUGACUAUUUCGUUAGCCAGGCUGUUACACCGUUUGCUGCGCUUGCUUUCCCAAAUUUGCGAUGCAUGGUGACAAAUGAAACGCCAAUGUGGGACGCAAUCGCGGCGGACUGUCCAGAACUCGUUGAAAAAUUUGCCAACUAUCAUCCCCCGAAUGUGUGGUUCAACUAUCCCAAUCACCUUUCUGAAUUUCUAUUGGCCCUUGCCAAGACAAGCGUCGAGUCCGCCACAUGUUUGCACCAUAUCAUCGGGAUGCCGUCCUUCCAAGCACAUGUCAUGAGUUAUAUGGGUACUUACAAUUUAGCAAUGGAAGACCUGGCACAUUGGGUGCUCGAUUGGUACAACUGGAAUUAUCACCUUUUGAUGUCCCUUGCACCAUUGACGACAGAUGGAAAUCGGGCGUCUCUUGCUGAGUUGCGUCGUGUUGCUACUUUGAAGAUGACGGCUGUUUUUCACUAUGUGAGGCUAGAUUGGUAUGGUGACGUUGGAUACGCGGUUCUCAGAGCCCGUAUUUCGGCUGUUGGACCCGGCAAUGGAGCUGGACCCGGUGCUUCCUUUCUUCUGCGUCACAUUCGACCUGGCAUUAGGUUUCAUGUCACAAGGUGGAGUGGUGGCAGCCGGAGGUCUUAG